AUAAAAUGGAAACUAAUCUCAGCGGAGGAGUCAUCUGCCUACUGCAACCAUGGCUACGAUGGUCCUCUUCCAAAUGCUCCUCCUACUGGGACUUGCCAGCGCCAAGAGGUUCUCAUGCUUCCCUGAGUAUUGCCUUCAUGACAAAGACUACAAAGAGCUGCUGAGCAUCGUCAAACAUGGGCUGGAGCCCGCGACUCAUCCGUCAAACGUGGUCAUCGUCGGGGCCGGGAUCAGCGGGUUGACGGCAGCCAAGCUCCUCCAAGAUGCCGGCCAUAAGGUCACCAUUCUGGAAACCAGCAAUAGGGUGGGUGGGAGGAUCAGGACCUACCGGGAGAAGGACUGGUACGUGGAGCUGGGAGCCAUGCGCCUGCCCAGCAAGCACAGGCUGGUGCGUGAGUUCAUAAGGCAGUUCGACCUGAAGCUCAACCCAUUCCGCCAGACGGAUGACAACGCCUGGUACUUCGUGAACGGCAUCCGAGCGAGAGUGUCAGAAGUGAACAGAAACCCCGACAUCCUGAAUUACACCCUGAGCCCAUCAGAGAGGGGCAAAAGUGCCAGCCAGCUCUACAGGGAAGCUCUGCAGUCGGCUUUCAAGGAGUUCCAGGCCACAAACUGCAAGGAAUAUCUGGCUAAACAUGACUCCUUCUCCACCAAGGAAUAUUUGAUCAAAGUCGGAAAUCUGAGCCGAGGAGCUGUGCAGAUGAUCGGUGAUUUGCUGAACGAGGACUCGGGCUUUUAUCUGUCCUUCCUUGCCUCGCUGUGGGAUUUUGAUAUCUUCUCUACUGGGGAGAGCUUUGACGAAAUCACGGGAGGUUUCGACCAACUGCCCAAAGCCUUCCACAAAGCACUGCCAGGCGUCAUCAAAUUCAAUUGCACGGUGGAAAAAAUCAUGACAAAGGGGGGGAAAGUGCGGGUGUUCUACCGCGCUCCCGACACCCUGGCCUCGAGCAUAGCGACCGCAGAUUACGUCCUCGUCACCUCCUCGGCCAAAGCCACAAGGCACAUCCAGUUCUUCCCACCACUCUCCCCUGCCAAGAGCAAUGCUCUCCGCUCCAUCCACUACGCGAGUUCUUCCAAAAUCGCUUUGGCGUGCACGGAGAAGUUUUGGGAGAAGGACGGCAUCCGAGGAGGGCAGUCCAUCACCGACCGCCCCUCCAGGUUCAUCUACUACCCCAGCCACAACUUCUCCAGCGGGGUCGGGGUCAUCUUGGCCUCCUACACCUGGAAUGACGACGCUGAGUUCCUCAUGCCCUUAGCGGAUGAGAAAUACUUGGACGUGGUUCUCCAAGACUUGGCGGACAUCCACCAGGUGAGCAAGAGUUACCUGCAGUACACCUGCGACCGCUACGUGAUACAGAAGUGGCAGCUGGACAGGCAUUCCCUGGGAGCGUUCGCUGCCUUCACGCCGUACCAGUUCACUGAUUACUCCCAGGCGCUCUUCGAGCACGAGGGGAGGGUGCAUUUUGCAGGAGAACACACCGCCCAACCUCAUGCCUGGAUCGACACCUCCAUGAAAGCUGCCGUGAGGGCGGCGGGCAACAUCCAUGAUGACAGCGAAACCCGAAAUCUCAGCCACGACCACGCACACCUGGAGGGCUUCAUGGAAAAGGGAGAGCUCUGAGCUCGAUGGGUUUGAGGUUGGAACGUACUUUUGGUGGGGUCGGUCUGUUUUUAGGAAGAUUUGGCAGAAGUGCACUGGCAGGAAAGGCAUUAAAGGAAAAAAAAGUUGGAAAAACACUCUGUCCUCAGAUAAGAGACUGGCAGCCGCCUGGACUGACACUUGGGAAACUGGGGAUUCCUGAAAGAGAGCCAACUUCAUGUCGGUUUCGUGAUUUCAUGCUGCUCAGAUGCGCUGCAGCGAGUCCCAGCUGAUGUACAAAGCACUGCAGAGAAUGGCUCAGAUGGAAUAAAGUCACCAUUUUCCACUGUCUUGUUUCUGACACACCUCCAUCUCCCCAUAAUUAGAGG